AUGGAAGUCGGUUAUAAUAGUGUAUUUGUAAAGAAAUAUUCCCAUGGGAACUCAUUUGAACUUGAAAAUGAUAUCAAAGAUAAAAAAUUCAAGUUAAGAUUUAAGAGCUAUAGUCUUAUAUUUUUUGGUUUGGUGCUUCUUUUUUGGUUUGCCGUUGUGAUGGCUAUUGUGUUUAGUCCACGUGGAAAAUUUAGAACAUUUAAAAAUGGCCCUUAUGUUAAAAGAAUAUAUGAUGCUCCCAAAUUUCAUGAGGACAAACAAAUAGAGUGUACCAAAAAUAAAAACAACGUAUGUGAGAAUUACGAUGAAUUGAAGGAAAAAUAUUUGACAACUCUUGAACAAAAAUUAAAGGAAAAGGGAUUUUUAUUAUCACAGAUUGAUCCGUUUGUUUGUGAUCCCACUUUUGGUGAAGACUGCAAAAACAAUAAAAAGAUACAAGGCAAUCUUUCUAGAAAGGAAAUAGAGAUUGUAGCUACAGCUUUAUUAGAUAAAAACAUAGUAUUAGAUGAAAAGUUUGAACCAGAUACAAUAAGCGAAUUUAAAAGUUUUAUUAGUAGAUACGAGAAAAAAUAUAAAGAUGAAGAUGAGUAUAAGACCAGAUAUUUGAAUUUUAGAGAUAAUCGGAUUUUCAUAGAAACUCACAACUCAAAUCACAAUAAAAUAUUCACAAUGGGCUAUACAAGUUCAACUGAUUCUUCAGAUGAAGAAUUGGGAAGAGCUGUCUCCAGUAUAAGUUACAAGCCUACUCAAGAUGAAAUAUAUAGCCGUGCUUCCGAAGAGAUGUCAUCCUCGAAGAAAUAUCCUGGUGUGAUAUUUGACUGGAGAGAAAAGGGAGUAAUUUUGCCCGUCCAAGAUCAAAAAGAGUGUGGUAGCUGCUGGGCAGUCUCAAUGUCAGACUUAUUAUCUACAAUGAUGGCGAUCAGUGGCCACAAACUACAAGAUUAUAGCAAGCAACAAUUAAUGGACUGCAUAGAUCCAAUGUUUAACUGUACGAAAGGAGGAGAUCCUAAGGCUGUUAUAAGUUAUUUGAAUAAUUAUCCAUUGUGCACAGAAGAAGAAUACCCUUACAAAAUGGCAGAUCGCCGAUGCAUUCAACCUAACACCUGCAAAAAUAAAAUAAAUAUAAAAGGUGUAUAUUACCUCCACAAACAAAUGGUUGAGGAUUAUUUGGAAAAAGUUGGUCCUUUCCAACUUUCAAUACAUGUAGCGAAAGAUAUGUCCUUUUACAAAGAAGGUAUAUUUGACGGUGAAUGUUCCAAGAAACCAAAUCAUUCAGUUGUAGUAGUAGGUCAUGGUUAUGAUCCGGAUCUUAAGGUUCACUAUUGGAUAGUAAGGAAUUCUUGGGGAGAAGAUUGGGGGGAGAGCGGUUACAUGAGGUUGCUUAACGCAAAUUAUAACUAUAACGGCAUAGGUGCAUAUUAUUGUAAUGUGGAUAGGAGGUCUCUUGGAUUUACUGUGAGAUAUAGCAACAACCCUUUCAAACUUAGUAGGUCACAAAGUUUUGAUAUGAAAAAAAAUAAAUUCGGGAAAUCUGGAUCAAUGAACUCAAAAUUUAGUAAAUACGAAACAAUAAGACAAAAAUUAAGCAUUGGUUCAAAAAGUAACGAAUUAAAUAAAAAAACAAAGAAAGGUAUAUGUUUGAAGGAUUUUGAACUUGGAACAAAUAAAAAAAUCAUAAUAUCUGUGGGAGUAGUACUGGCUAUUAUAUUAAUAAUAAUUAUUUCAUUGUGGAUACACUUCGCAUUUAUAAAAGGCGAAUUGGGUGGUAUAUCGAUAGAACCGUAUCCUAAAAAUAUGAAAUAUCCGAAAUAUAUAUACAAAGAGAUAAUGAAACAAUAA